UUUUUAAAGUCGUGUACAUCCGUGUGAUCCUGACGUCAGAGAGGAUCUUUGUUGUUAGCGAGCAAGCUAUCGCCUGAGUAACAGACAUAACCUGCUCAGUCUGUCAUCAGUUUCUAUAAGAGUCGAUUAAACCUGUCCAAUAAGAGAAGCACCAUUCGGAAAAGAAGAAUCAUAAAGGAGGUGAUUCAAAAAUGCAUCAGGCUCCUGUUUGUCCAAAGUCUUCCCAUCGGCAUCUAAACUCCAGAGAGACCUUCUCGUCUGUGUUGGCCAGAAGUCCCUCACCUGGAAAAGCCUUCACUCAGUCUCAGCAUUUAAAGACACACUUGCAGAAAAUCCAUCAUUUGAGUCUUUGCACAAGCAGCUUGAAGGCAGACAUGUUUCCUAAUCAGCAGCUUCCGCAGCCAUCUUCUAUGCCUUCCUCUGUGUCCUUCCAGACAGAAUGGAAAAAAGAAAUGUUGCCAGUGGAUGUUUGUCUUUCUUCCUCAGAGGCCGAAAACAAACCAGAAACUGAUGGAUUGUUUUUUAAGGAUCCACCACCUAAAGAUAUAGUUGAUUUCCCAAGUAUAGACACGUUGUUGUGCAGUGCCCACUCACCAAAUCAUAAAAAAACAAAACAAUUUGAGAGUGGAACGUGUAGGAAAACUUCCUCUAAGACAGGCCAUGUGAUGCUGCACGCACCAUCCCGUGAACUGAGUGCCCGCGGAGGCAAAAGUACUUUGAAGCACCAAUGUGCUACUUGUCUUAAAACCUUCUGUACGCCAUCCAAAUUAAAACGUCAUAUUCUCAUUCAUACAGGACAGAAACCCUUCUCUUGUGAGAACUGUGGGAAAGCCUUUAGACAGGCAGAGCACUUGAAGUCCCAUCUGCAUGCUGCAAAUAAUUGUUCACAUUCUCCGAGGGUUAAGCGGAAAAAAAUGAGUUUCGGUGUUGUCAGUCAAACGUCAGGUUUUGAGUCGCAGGCAUUACCUCUGCAGCAUCCCUCCAGCCACGACACUCCAGUGAAUUCAUCAGUCGAACUGGAGCUACAGUGUAAAAUCAGUGUGAGUGCUGUGCAAGACCUGGGUAAGCCUGAAAUCAAGUCAGAAGCAGCCAUAACACCAGAACAGAGUUUUAGUAGCAACAGUCCAUGUCACAAGACUGUUAAAGAUGAGCAUUGUUUGACGCAUAGAGACUUGAAACCAUUUCGGUGCACCAUCUGCAACAGAUCGUUUCGCCUGGUAGUGAGUUUAAUACGGCAUCAGGACCUUCACAAGGACCAAAAAGGGACACAACAUCAGAGACCUGCCGAGGACGUGUGGAAAAACGUAUCACGAUCAGCGGAUACAAAAACUCACAGAAAUCCUCAAGCUAUAACGAACUCACCUGAACCCAACCACGUAGACUCUCUCGACCUCAACAUCAUUGUUAAACCAGAGACAUGGAGUGAAAGUUACAGUGUUUACAAUGAUUUUCCUCACAAGGAUGCUGACAUGACUCCAUCGCCAGACCAGCAGAGUGCAACAUGUCGAGCCGCUAAGAGGCAGCAGAGAAAAGACGCUCGGCACCAGUGCCAUGCAUGCUGUAAAACCUUUCCAUCUCUGUCAAAACUCCAGAGGCACAUGUUGACUCAUACCGGACAAAGACCCUUUGGCUGCCAGAUGUGUGGAAAGAGAUUCCGUCAGAAAACACACCUAAGGGUUCACUGUCGUACUCACUUAUGGUCCAAAUAUCACAAACAGCGAUCUCUAUACAUAAGCCGUCCUCUAUCUCGCACACCUCGAUUUAAUACACGAUUGACAGCUCUCCCAAACCAAGAAGUGUUUGUAUAUAGUAACAGUUUUGAGAACUACUCUAGCAUUGACUUACUCUCUGAGAAGCAGCUCGAUGAGGCACCUUCUCUGCCAAGUGUACAGAAUGACACCACUGUGGGAAAUUCACUGUCUACCUCACAGAAAAAUGAGGUUGUUCGCUUGACUAAAGUGUCUAAAGUGACUGUGAGAGGCAGGUGGACGGUGCGAAACCCAAGCGACACACAGCACAAGUGUUUCCAGUGCUUCAAAUGUUUCCCAUCUGCCUCGAAACUGCAAAGACAUGAGAUGGUGCACACCGGCUUGAAGCCAUUUCAAUGUCCUCUGUGUGGGAAAACAUUCAGGCAGGCUACACAUUUGAAAGUACAUGAAAGAACUCAUAAUAAGUUGAAACCCUCCAAACCAGCUCUUGAACAAGGCAAGAAAAGCAAAUUAAGAUUGAGAAGUCAGCAACAGCUUUACCCUAGAAUCAGUAUCCGCCUUCCACCACAGAAACAUUUCAUGAACGUGGACACUUUGCAUUCAAAAUUUGUAGAUACUUCAAGCAAUCAAGGCAAAAAUGAGCAGCUUUCUGUCAGGAAUGAAAUAGCCAUCACAAAAGCAAGCAGUGCCAACACAACCAGGAUCAAAAAAGUAGCUUGUGCUAAAAAGAAAACCCACAUGUGCCGAAUAUGCUCCAAGAACUUUGCCACUCCAUACAAGCUGAGAAGACAUUUACUCACUCAUUCUGGGAUAAGGCCAUACAAAUGCAGCUUGUGCACUAAAGCCUUUACACAGCUGAGUCAUUUGAAAAUCCAUGGGCGCUGUCACAGGCAUGAAAACAGCAGAUCAGAUUUUACUCGAGGAGAAAGUAUUAGGACCAGCAGUCUCCUGGAUAAAUACCCUGAUGAUCAUCUCACACUUGAUACUAUUACCUCUGCUCGUUUUAUUGAUUCUAAGGAGGAUUUGGCAAGGGAGCAGCCCCAGUCAGGUAAUACCAAGGGUGGUAAUUACUUAGUCACUGAUGGGGUCUUCUCUCAUUGCCCUGAGGUAACAGACAUCGAAUGGCUGGCAGUGCCACACGUAGGCUUACUGGAAAACAAUUUGGAGUCCAAUAAGAAGCAAAUGGAGAAUUGUACACAGGCUCCAGCGCUGUAUAGACACUCAGCAUUUCCUUCUGAACUUGCCUCUGAAAUUCAUAGACUGAUACGACACCAAAAGGCAGGGGUACUUUCUUCAUCUCAGGAGGAAAUGGAGGGAAAUAUACAUAGUGCAGAAAUAGCUUUUCAACACAGUGCAGCUACAAGUGACUCUGAGGUGCCGAGAAAGGGUCACAUAAAUUCUGCAGAGGGGAGUCAAAUCCAACCAGAUUUGCAAGAUUAUUACUGGUGUAAACCGAUGGACAUGUUAGGAUGUGACGAGUCCACUGCAAGUGUUGAGACGAAGCAGGAUCGUCAGCAUUAUGCAUGUAACACAAGACGUAAAACUAAAAUUAAUCAUUCGGCUCCAAAGCAUCACUGUGAUAUUUGUUUCAAGAGUUUUGUAUCUCCCUCCAAACUUGGUAGGCACUAUAUUAUCCACACCGGUCAGAGGCCGUUCAGAUGUGACAUUUGCAGCAAAACAUUCACACAGUCAGCACACCUGAGAACACACCAGCGAAUUCACUGAAAAAUCAAAAUGACACUGCAUCAUUUUUUUUUUUUUUUUUUGGAAUUAAACUGUGUAUUGAAGAACUUGGUAUGCCAUAAAUGUGAUGGGGAUACAUGUUGUAAACAUAAUACAUAAAGGGACUCUAUUUUG